AUUUCAUUUGCCCACAUGUGUUUAGUUUCUCUGUUGCGCCGGGCCACGAGAACUAUUAAGUUGUGGUGCAGCAUGAUGCUGGUGGAGCAAAAGCCAAACCUUCUUGAGCGUGUUGGAAUAGUCUCGAGCGUGUUGGAAAAGCAUACGCACCUAUUAGAUGCCCCCCUGCUCCCCUGUCAGCACUUCAUAGUUCAAAACUGCCCGCGAAGUUGUGCCCCCUGCCUGGAGCAUCAGGAAGGUAUCCCCCGCCGAGCAAGGCUACUUACACCUUUCGACUACAUUAACGGCCUUCCUCGGCCGAAAGCCAGGCACGGAAAAUGGUGCGCGUUAGCGCGGUCGUCGUGUUUGGCGCAGUGCUGUCACUGGCUCUGCUCUUUUUCGCGUUGUUUCACAGCUGCAGGAACCACUUGUUGCAACCUGGGGACUGGGACGCGGUAAUCUACGUGCUAAAAAACACCAACUUGCCACAGCCAGGGGAUUUGAAUCCGGGAGAAAAAGACAUUCUGCGAGGCAGGAAAGGGAUACAAGCUAGUCCUGCCGAAACUGCGUCUCCUGUGGCUGUGGCGACUCCAGGUUAUGAUGAUUCAAGUGCCGCAGCAGCAAAAGACGUCAGCUCUCUGGCCGGGGAAAACACGUUCACGCUGGAGAAUGAUGAGUUUCACAUCAACGGAGAGAAGCUGAAUCUGUAUUCAGGUUCGUUUCACUACUUCCGGCUACCCGAAGUGUACUGGGCGGACCGACUGCAGAGCAUGAAGGACAUGGGGCUCAAUACCAUCCAAUUCUACGUGCCCUGGAAUCUCGCUGAGUUAGCCGGUGAGGGGAGCCAUGUCAGGUGCUUCGCAUUUAUUUUUAGAUGGAAAAAACCGAUGGCGAUGCUUUUUUUCUGUGUAAGUACGUCUGCGGCCAAAAUCACUGAUCACACCCUAUUUUUUUACGCAACGGUGAUUAUAGCACGAACGCAUGACAACUUUUUGGCGUCACCAAAAGAAAAAACCCGGCUGCUGCACAGAUUCAUCGAGUUGGCGUCCAAGCUGGGAUUCUGGCUUCUCCUUCGCCCGGGCCCGUACGUUUGCGGUGAAUGGGACUUCGGGGGUUUGCCGGCACGGUUGCAAAAGUUGCCGAAGAUCCGCACCUUUUCCAAGCCAUACCUUGAUGAAGUGAAAACCUUCUGGAAUUACCUCCUCCCCCCGCUGAAAAAGCACCUGUUUGUGGAAAACCAGGGCGGCAAAAUCCUGAUGGUCCAGGUGGAAAACGAGUUUGGGUCUUACGGGCACGUGCAAAAGUCGGACGAGGAUAAGAAAUACUCUAUAGAACCGAAUUAGCGGCCCUUUCAUAAGUCCAGACAUUUGACGCCCCAUCGCUCGGAAUAAUUUUAGCGAGCGCGAGUAGCUGAUGACUAGGAAUGGAAAACAAAAACGCGUCGGAACCUUUGUGCGCUGCGUCUGCUGCUCGUCCUUGUGCGACAGGCGUGCGCCCUUUAUUUCCGUAGAACAAACAGCGCAAGUUGCUUCUAUGUAAUAUACAAGAUGCAUACGCGUAAUCAUUGGCGUAGCGCGUCUGCGGCAACUGCACAGCCCAGGCGCAAGAACUGAACAAGAAAACGAGCAAGGCAGCUGAAAAUCGGAAAGCUUACUCCUCGCCCGCCGCAAUCCCAUGCUGCGUGCGCGACGAGUGGCGCUAUUAAUUGCUCUCCUUUCCGGACAAUAAAAAACGCAAGUCGGUUUCUGCAUUUGCGAUGCCUAUCGUUUGCUUUUCCUUGUGAUAGUGCAUCUGCCGCAACUUGCACAGUCUGGCUGCUAGAAAGCCACCAUUUAAAUUCUCACAACCUCAAUACUUUUUCAGGUAGUGGGCAGCUUUGGCUUGGGCACGAGAACGAGACUUGAAAAAGGGAGGUUAGGAAAAAUGAAUUGGCGCCUUUUUCCCAACCGCCCUUUUCAUUUGAAUGGGGAAAAAAAAAUGUGCCGCUUUUCCAGGCUGAACCUGGGAAAGCGGCCGGAUUUUUUUUCCUACCCGCCUUUUUCAUUUUGAAAAGGGCGGUUAGCAAAAGUGCGCGAAUUCAUUUUUCCUAACCUAGGUUUUUGAAAUGCAAACCUAGGUUAGCCCACUGAAAUUUUUGGGCAGGAGCUAACUCCCCUUUUUGAAAUGCAAAGGAAGGUUAGCUACCCGAAAUUUUUGCCCAGGGACCGGGCUAGCCUCUCUUUUUGAAAUGCACAGGGAGGUUAGCCAUUCGAAAACUUUGCCCAGGGACCGGGCUAGCCUCCCUUUUUGAAAUGCAAAGGGAGGUUAGCCGCCCGAAAUUUUUGUCCCAGGACCGGGCUAGAUUUCCUGCACAAAAUGCAAAGGGCACGUGCAAAAGUCGGACGAGGAUAAGAAAUACAUGGAUUGUAUCCUGAGUAAAAACGUACCCACACCAGAGUUGUAAUGCAAAUCUGCAUGCUGAAAAUGUUUCUCAUGCGGAGCCCCAUGAGAAGCAUUUUCUAGUCGUGUUUUGCAAUUUGUCAUGCUCCAAUCAGCAUGGUAUGCUAGAUCUGUGAUGCUGCUGAGCUAGCUCAAACAGCACUGCACUACGAAUCCAAAUUUGUCAUGCAAAACAGCCAAAACUUGUGGACUUGUCUAGCCGAUUCCCCAUCUUGACUAUGGUGUGGGUACGUUUUUACUCAGGAUAGAUUGGGCGUUGAGCGAGCAGCAGAGGCACCUGGGCACGAAAGUGCAGUACUACACCACGGACAACUACUUGCUCCUGAACGCCGGGGGCAUCCACGACGCCACCAAGCACGUGUACCACGUGGGCGAUUUCGGGCCGACCAUCUGGUCGCCGCGCAUCAGUUUCAUGAACAUGCGCCACUGGAACGAGGCGGGAAAGUCGCCGGAGUUUGUGUCCGAGUACUACACGGGGUGGAUGACGGCCUGGAAAGAUUCCAACUUCGCCACCACGGACGCGAAAACGAUGAUCAGCACGAUGAAGUCCUUGCCCAAUUUCAACCUCUACAUGGCCUUCGGGUGUACGAACUUUGGCUUCACGAACGGGUUGAAUCUGAAAUCGGAGUCCUGGCUGAAGGAAAAAUACCUCGGGCAACCGCAGGUGACCAGCUACGAUUAUAACGCGCCGAUCGCGGAGGACGGCGGCCACGGCAUCGGAUCGGAUAAUGAAGACAAAUUUCUGGCAAUCAAAAACGAAAUCGCAUCAAGGAAAACUCCUGGUGCUCCAGUCGGGACGAGGACAUCAUCUUCAUCAAGGUCAGGAAGCCUGCUGCCAUCACCGACCGUGUACCCAGAUAUCGUCCUGCAGAAGGAGUCAUAUUCGCUGCUGAAGGCGGUAUUGUUUUGAUGAAGUUUCCGCAUUCAAAUAUGUAUAAUCUGCUCCCUCCCCUCGUAGAAGAUGAAGAUCUCAAAAAUGAUCACCAAGAGCCGGGUUGAUUCAAACAAACGGUCAAUUUGAUUUUAGGUCGACGUGAGUGACGGUGCCCGGUGUCAAGCACUCCCACCGGCGGUGGAUGCGGACCUGUUUGCACACGAGCACGACGUAUUCGAUCACGUUUUCCUGUACCGUUCCACACCCUCCGGCUGUUCGAAGCGUUCGUUCAAAAUCACAAACGCCAACGACCGAGUCUACGUCUUUGUCGGCGGAAACCUCAUCCGCUGGGUCGACCGCGAAGAUAGUGGGUACUCAACUCUAGAAUACAACUGCUGCGUUUGCUGAUUUGAACUUCUGUUUGGAGCGCAAAAUUGGGCUUUGCUGAAGAAGUACUGUACUGCUUGUCCGAUUUAAUGCGGUGCUUCUUGAUCUUUAUCUUUUACAAAAUCAAAAUCAAAACAGAGCUGCGGAGUUCCACAUCGAAAAGAAAGAUUGCCACGCGGAAAUUGAUAUGCACUGCAAAAGUAUCGUACUCGUAUAAAUGCAUUACAAGUUUCCUCAGCAUGAGAAAUAAAAUUUGUAAUGCGGAUUUAGCUUAAGAGCAAGAUUUGUAAUGCAUGAAUGUAAUUACUACGAGUACGAUACUUUUGCACAGGAUAAUUGAUUUCGUCGUGGAAAAUUACGGCCGGCAAAACUUCUCGCCCCAAAUGCUGCAGGACCGGAAGGGGUUCCAGAUUUCGGGCUUCAAAGCCGCUGCGGCGGGUACGUUGCAUUUGUGCAAAGGACUUUUCGACAAGAUAUCGGCACAGCACGAAGAGUUUGUGGCGGCAUCGAUUAAAACGACGACAUGGUCGAGUGGAAAACAACAACAGCGUGCCACGGCCCAGAUGGCGGCCUUCAACACUACCAAGGCGCAAAUGCGAUACAUUUGGCCUCUCAUGGACCGACAAAACGCUGCAGAGCGAGCAACUACGUCUGCAGCUGGGUCCAGCAUACAGGAGUCGAACAACGUAGUCGUUCAAAUGAGCAGAAAGCUUGAAGAACAAACCGAGCAAGUACAGCAAAGCGAGGACGAACCUGAACGGCAGCGCAACGAGCAAGAGCGGGAGCAGGAAACUACAUCAAGCGCAGACACCACGGCAAGACUUCCCGCGAUUUACUCCGGUUUUUUUUCGGUUCCAGAGCCGAAAGACCCGGCGACGCAGCUCUUGGCCGACACAUUUCUGGACAUGCGAACACUUUUUUCCACAAACGCACCGUCUCCGACUGGCAAAGGAGUGGUUUUUGUGAACGGCAUGCACCUUGGCAGAUACUGGAACUCGGCAGGCCCGAUCUACACCCUGUACCUCCCGGGCGUGAUGCUGAAGCCCGGGGAAAACGCCAUCUCUGUCGUCGAGUUUGAAACCGCGGCGCAGGACGACCCCGUACGACUAAAGUCCAGCGCGAAAAUCAUCUACAAAUAGUGACGGUAGAAGAUCGUCCAGCUACCAGGGUACUGGGUUAUUUUGUCGCAUAUUGCGAUUUUUGUGUUGACCAAAGUGUAAACAUAGAAGGUAAAGCUACAUUUUGCAUAAGACCACAAAUCCUUGAGGUUGACCCUCAAGUCGCGUUGGCGGAAGUUCUUCUUGACUCCUGUGUCGCAUCGAGCACAAACAAAUGAACUAACACAAAAUCGAAAACGAAACCAAAUCUUCCAUUACUCGAAUGAAGAAACUAUGCGCAUACUCUACUUCUCAGAAUUAAGAUGUCGUCAAAUUUGACGACGAGUGCCGCGUCGGACAGCAAGC